AUGAUCGGUUUGUCUUUCUCAAGCAGCACACAAGACUUUGAAGCCCUUGCUCACAGACCUCUAGCGAUCGGCGGAGCUAUCAACACCGGAUUGAUGAUUGGAGCCGGAAAUGCACUUUCAAAGGCCGGGCCUGCCGCGAUUGUAAUCUCGUACACAGUUGUGGGUAUAGUUGUUUUCUUGAUCCUGUGUGCGCUGGGAGAGGUUGCUGCUUGGUUUCCUGAGCCAUCGACGGCUGCGGGUCAUGCUGUUCGGUUCUGUGACCCUGCUCUUGGCUUUACGUUGGGUUGGAUCUACUGGCUCAAAUAUUUGGUUGUUACUCCCAACCAAUUGACUGCGGCGGCGCUUGUGAUUUCAUAUUGGCUCGAUGCAAAGUAUGUCAACCCCGGAAUCUGGAUAACGACAUUUCUGGCAGUCAUCGUCUCUGCGAACUACUGGGGCGCUCACUUCAUCGGCCCAUACGAGUUCGCGCUGUCAUCUUUCAAAAUCCUGGUCUUGUUUGCGCUUACGGUGCUGUCUCUGGUCAUUGCACUCGGGGGCGGGCCGGAUCGUGAUAGAAGGGGUUUCAGAUACUGGAGAGACCCAGGCGCCUUUGCGCCCUACGGUGAUCAUGUACUGGUGGGAAAGCUGCUCGCCGUUUGUAAGACGAUGCCCUCCACUAUAUUCGCGUACUUGGGUAGUGAGCUCCUUGGGAUGGCCAUGCUGCAAUCCGAGAACACACCAAAGGCUGCAGCGCGCGCCAUCAAGCUCACGUUCUAUCGAGUCUUGAUUUUCAACAUUGUCAGCGUAACGCUGCUCGGUAUGCUCAUUCCAUACGACUCCCAAGACUUGGCCUUUGCAAGCAACGCCUCCAAGCCAACGACGGUCUCGGCCUUUGUUGUGGCAAUCAGGAUGGCCCAUAUACCCGCCCUUCCAAGCAUUCUAAAUGCAUGUUCUUUGCUGUUUGUUCUGUCAGCUGCUAACCAAGCCCUUCAUAUGGCGACCCGGACCAUCUAUGGGCUAUCUCAGGAACAAAAAGCCCCCGCCUUCUUGUCAAAAACUGACCGUAGGGGUAUCCCUGUCUAUUCCUUGGGCACAUGCGCAAUUCUAGCAUCAUUGGCAUAUCUGAACAUCUCCAACGACUCCAGGGUCCUUUUUGGGUACUUUGUCAACAUCAUCACCAUGUUCAGCCUUCUCACUUGGAUAUCAAUUCUGACCACACAUAUCUCAUUUGUGCGCGCGCGCAAGGCUCAAAAAGUUCCUGAAUCGGCACUGGUCUUCAGAGCUCCCUUCGGCGCUUACGGGUCUUGGGUCGCUCUGUUGAGCUGCCUUAUCCUUUCACUGAUGAGAGGCGUUGAUGUCGCACAGCUAGCCACUCACCCAGAAGCAUUCGACUAUAUGACUUUUAUUACAUCUUAUAUCGCUGUUCCUCUCUAUCUGUUCCUUGUCAUUGGAUACAAGGUCGUGACCCGAUGCAAGAGCAUUAACCCCGCGGAGGUUGAUCUUUGGACCGUGACAACGAUUCGUGAGCGGCACGAGGCAAAGCCAAAGACUCCAAAAUCGGAAGCCAGGGCGUUGACAGAGCAGAACCACUGGUUGUGGAAUCGUUUCGUUGCAGCAUGGUUGUUGUGA